CCCACUAACCCUGACUGUCUCUGUCCACUGACUCUGACUGUCUCUGUCCCACUGACUCUGACUGUCUCUGUCCCACUGACUCUGACUGUCUCUGUCCCACUGACCCUGACUGUCUCUGUCCCACUAACCCUGACUGUCUCUGUCCACUGACUCUGACUGUCUCUGUCCUACUAAUUCUGACUGUCUCUGUCCCAUAAGCCCUGACUGUCUCUGUCCACUGACUCUGACUGUCUCUGUCCUACUAACUCUGACUGUCUCUGUCCCACUGACUCUGACUGUCUUUGUCCCACUGACCCUGACUGUCUUUGUCCCACUGACUCUGACUGUCUCUGUCCCACUGACUCUGACUGUCUCUGUCCACUGACUCUGACUGUCUUUGUCCACUGACCCUGACUGUCUUUGUCCACUGACCCUGACUGUCUUUGUCCAUUGACCCUGACUGUCUUUGUCCCACUGACCCUGACUGUCUCUGUCCACUGACCCUGACUGUCUCUGUCCCACUGACCCUGACUGUCUCUGUCCCACUGACCCUGACUGUCUUUGUCCCACUGACCCUGACUGUCUUUGUCCCACUGACCCUGACUGUCUUUGUCCCACUGACUCUGACUGUCUUUGUCCCACUGACUCUGACUGUCUUUGUCCCACUGACUCUGACUGUCUCUGUCUGACUGCCUCUGUCCAACUGACCCUGACUGCCUCCGUCUUACUAUCUCUGACUUUGUCCGACUGAUUGAUUGUCUCUGUCUGAUUGCCUCUCUCUGACGCAGCCUGCCUCUGUCCGACUGACGCAGCCUGCCUCUGUCCGACUGACACAGCCUGCCUCUGUCCGACUGACGCAGCCUGCCUCUGUCCGACUGACGCAGCCUGCCUCUGUCCGACUGACGCAGCCUGCCUCUGUCCGACUGACGCAGCCUGCCUCUGUCCGACUGACGCUGUCUGCUUCUGUCCGACUGAUGCUCUCUGAUUGCCUGUCCCACUGAAGCAAUCUGUCUCUGUCUGACCCUGUCUGGCUGCCUGUCUGACUGACUCUCACUGUCCAUCUGAUUGGCUCUGUCUGAGAGUGCAGGUAAUGGAUACAGGUGACAUUGUGUCUGGCGAUGAGCUAUGGGAGCGGAUUUGUUCUGGACUAGCAGCUCAGACAAGGGACGGGAAUGAAACCAAGUCCCCAGUUGAAAGCUGCCAGCUGGACUCUUUCUCAGAAAUAUUCAACCCAACUCCUGCAAAGGUGCCGGACAUGGACUCGGUCAGCAGCAACAAGGAUCAGGCGAGUGUCAAUCCUUGGACUCCCAUGGCAGAUUCGCAGCAAUAUUUAGCAGCAUUGGAAAAUCGCCUGCGAAAAUUGAAGGGUCUAAAUGAGGAACCAAGUUCAAAAGAGAUGUUACUCAGCCUGUCGCAGACAAAGAAGGAAUGUUGGGAUCGUUUCCUACACGAACAGUACGGGUCUGACGUGUACAGCAAUGGAUACGAAAUGGACCAGAGUGCCAUUGACCAUUUCAAGCGGUGGCUUCAGCCAGAGAGAGUUCCAGUCAGUGCAGAGGAAGUUCAGUAUCUGAUCAACCUUGAGGGUCAACCUGCCAGCCAAGAAGAGCUGGAGAGCGAGAGCUGCUCGGCCUGUGAGCAGUGACAACCUAAGCUGCCGUGCCCUCCCUAAUGUCCUUCCAAAGCUCCCAGCUGGUCAUGCAGAGGCCAGAACCAGGCUGAGCACCUCCCAUCACCCGAACACUGAACUAUCAAGCCACUUAAUGUGACAUUUGGUGCCAGCUGGAAGCGUGAAUAAUGAACCUCAGUGAUCUCAACAGCUGAAUAUAGUACUUCAAUGUUGUCUUGUGUGUAUUUUAAAAUGGUGACACCCCAGGAAUUUUCUGAGGACCUCUUCCACUCUAUUGUAAGUAGUGGCGAUCACUUUGACCUGUGCAAAUCCGGCAUUCCAGUUGGUAGAGCUGGAGGGGCCCAGAGGACAUUCCUGACAAGGAAGGUCAGCUCAGUAUUCCUUAAGCUGAUGAUCUGCGUACCCUUCAGUUCAGUAAUGGACCUGUACCAUCGAGAAUGCUGCUCUUUGUCAAGAAGUUUGCACUCAAGGACAUCCCAUCAUGUGUUUCACCAAUCACAGCAUUUAUUCAACAGCACACACACUCUCUGUUCCUCAGCAACAGUGUCUAAACUGGCAGGUUCUAAACAGAGGUUGACAGUCACACUUCAGCCUAUCAAAACUCUCAUCUGCCUGUGCAUGUCUAUCUCAGAUUAAAGAACGAAUUAAAACUCUGCUGAAGUUUCAAA